AUGGACAAGAUACAGAACACAACUGUGCUGACCAACGGCAUCAACAUGCACGUUGCCUCCAUCGGCGCCGGCCCACGCGCCAUCCUAUUCCUCCACGGCUUCCCGGAGCUCUGGUACACGUGGCGGCACCAGCUCCUGUCCCUCUCCUCCCUCGGCUACCGCUGCAUCGCUCCGGACCUCCGGGGCUACGGCGACACCGACUGCCCAGCCCCGGCGGCCCAGUACACGUCGCUCCACAUCGUGGGCGAUCUGGUGGGCCUGCUGGACGGGCUGGGGAUCCAGCGGGUGUUCUUGGUGGGCCACGACUGGGGAGCCAUCAUCGCCUGGCACUUCUGCCUGUUUAGGCCCGAUAGGGUCAAAGCUCUGGUCAACACCAGCGUCCCCUUCACGCCUCGCCACCCCAAGGCGUCGCUGCUCGCCGGGAUGAGGGCCGUCUUCGGCGACGACUUCUAUAUGUGCAGGUUCCAGGAAGUUGGGGAGGCGGAAGCUGACUUCGGGGCGGUGGAAACAGGGAAGCUACUGGCCAAGAUACUGACCUCCAGAAACCCGGACCCGCCGUGCUUGCCCAAGCACGUCGGUUUCAGAGGCAUCCCCGACCUUCCGGCCCUGCCCUCGUGGCUCACCCAACAGGACAUCGACUACUUCGCCUCCAAAUUCGACCGCACCGGAUUCACCGGUGCGCUCAACUACUACCGAGCCAUCGACCUAUCGUGGGAGGUGAUGGGGCCGUGGACAGGGGCGAAAGUGACCGUGCCGACGAAGUUCAUAGUGGGAGAGCUGGAUAUUACACUCAAGUUCCCAAGGAUGAAGGACUACGUUGUUGGUGGCGGCAUGAAAGCCGACGUUCCUCUGCUGGAAGAGGUGGUUGUGCUCGAGGGCGUGGCUCACUUCCUCCACGAGGAGAGCCCUCAACAAGUCACCGACCAUAUUCACGACUUCUUCAAGGACAAGUAG